UGGAAAAGGUAACUUGGAAAGAAAAGUCUUCUUGCUGCUACAAACGAGUACUUUGGCUUGGCAAGAUUCCAUUAAUCUGUUUCACCGAAAAGGAAAGAGGAAAGAAACGCUAUGUAAUCAAGCCUUUUAAACGGUGAAUGAAGAUGGGAGACUCCAUUUCUUUUAUGAUAUUGGGAAACUCAAUUUCUAAAUCUUCCCGGAACGAUAUUCCUUCUAAUUAUAUUCUGUGGUCUCUUGGAUAAUGUCUCGACUUCUCUUUGGUCUCUCCAAACUCUCUUCCCGGAACGAUGUGCUUAUACACAAGAGAGUUCGUUUGUUUUCAACCAGCCCUUAUUUGACACUUGGCACUAGGGUUAAGGAAGUUUUGCCGGGCGGCUGCAAAACUGGAGAUGUUCUUUUGUUUGACCCGACCAAAGAAGAGAUAGUCACGGUCCCGGACAAAACAAUUCCCAAAGAGCUCAUGGAUGAAGAAAUGAUGGGAGCUUCCCAUGGAUGGGGAUUUUUCUGUGACCGGCGCGAUCGUUCUGUUCGUAUCAGCGACAUUUUCAAUCCUUUGGCAUCCAAAUCAAACCCUGUCAUGAUUCCUCUGCCUAGGCUUACGGUUCUGCCCACUGGCCAAACCGAAGAAGUCUGUAACGUAGCAAUGUCCUCCUCUUCUCCUCUUGGUGAGGAAGACUGUGUAGUGGCUAUCAAGUUUUCGGGUAACCAGCUGAGUCUGUGCAGGCCCGGUUGUGACCUUGAGUGGACUAACAUCUUAACCCCUAUCAACUGUUUGGAAAACUCAAAUCUCAUGUAUUCCAAAAGAGACCGAAGAUUCUACUUACCUGCUCCUGGAGGCAACUACUUGUUCUCAUAUGACCUCCACUUCAAAACUGACGACUUCCCUGAGCUCCAUGAGUUGUUCUAUCGCGACCAUCCAGAGUUGGAUCAGUCCGAGUGGGAGCUUUUGAGUUCGUGUUCCAGGACUGAAUACCUUGUGGAGUCACCUUCUGGUGAUGAACGUUUCCUAGUCAAAUGGUAUGCGCUUGGCUUUUUUUCGUCAAUGUUAAAAGGAAUCUACUACAAAACAAAGAGGUUGAUGGUGUUUAGAGAGGAGGAGACGACGGAAGGAAAGAUUAUGUGUUACACAGAGGACAUUGGAGACAUGUGCAUUUUCCUUGCAAACAACGAGGCUUUCUGCAUCCCCGCUAGCUCAUGCCUUGGCCUCAAGCCUAACUCCAUCUAUUUUAUGGGACGUGGCUUAGGUAUUUACGAUCUCACUACCGGUGAGGCACAUCAUUAUAAAGCUCCCAAAGGUGCACCCAGCGUUCUCACCACCCCUUACUGGCUUCCUCCAUUUUCUAUCUAGUCAUACUAUUUCUGUCUUUGUUCAACACUUUAAGUUUCUCUCUACCGGUUUGGAUUGCUAACACCUAAGAUUGUUUAUGUUUAAGUUCAAUUUUAGGGUCCUUUAAACUUUCUCUUGGAGGUUCAAUUUGCCUAUAUCUAUAGAGUUUCUUUGCAGUA